AUGGGAUCAUGGACGAGCCAAAGCAUCCACGAUGAAGAACCAUGUGCAAGAUACGGUCGUGAAAAAGGCAGCAGCAGCUUCCACGACGGCGACUGUUCAUCCAAGAAUGCGCCAUAUGAUGAUUUCAUCCUCUUCCCUGACGAUGCUGAAAAUGACAUCAACGAGGACUUCGCAUCGCCCGCUCAAUCAUCAUCAUCAGCUCCCAGGGCUCCCCGCAUCUCCAGGCUUCGCACACCAGACCUUGCACCGCUGUCGACAGAUGUCCAAUUCUUCCCCUGCCUCGGCGAUGAAGCUGAGCGAGACAGGAUUAAUGAGGCUUGGUACAUUGCCGGUCGGGAGAGGGUUGCGUCCCAAUUGGAUGAUGCCUUGGCUUACAUGGCGGCCGUAGAGGGACGCAGUCGCACGCGGAGAGGGUGA